AUGAUGGCAAAAAAGCAAGAUGCUAAGUCCCCCACAUACAACCUUAUUGUUGUGGGUUUGUCAGGGACUGAGAAAGAGAAGGGCCAGUGUGGCGUGGGCAAGUCCUGCCUGUGUAACCGCUUUGUGCGCCCCAGCGCUGAUGACUUCUAUCUGGACCACACAUCAGUGCUGAGCACAAGUGACUUUGGGGGCAGAGUGGUUAACAAUGACCACUUCCUGUUCUGGGGGGAGGUGGGGCGGGUGGUGGAGGAGGGGCCGGAGUGCAGGAUGCAUGUGGUGGAGCAAACAGAGUUCAUUGAUGACCAGACGUUCCAGCCACACCGCAGCACUGCCAUGCAGCCCUACAUCAAGAGGGCGGCCUCCACCAAGCUGGCCUCUGCAGAGAAGCUGAUGUACUUCUGCACGGACCAGCUGGGGCUGGAGCAGGACUUUGAGCAGAAGCAGAUGCCUGAGGGCAAGAUACAGGCUGACGGGUUCAUGCUCUGUGUGGACGUCAGUAGGGGGAUGAACCGCAACUUUGACGACCAGUUGAAGUUUGUCACAAACCUUUACGGUCAGCUGAGCAAAACAAAGAAGCCCAUUGUGCUAGUCUUAACCAAGUGCGAUGAGGGAGUUGAACGCUACAUCAAAGAUUCUCACACCUUUGCCAUCACUAAAAAGAGUCUUCCAGUGGUGGAGACGUCUGCGCGCUCUAACAUCAAUGUUGACCUAGCCUUCAUUGCUUUGGUGCAACUCAUUGAUAAGAGCAGGGGCAAGCCCAAGAUCAUUCCUUACUUUGAGGCCCUCAAGCUCCAGAGUCAGCAGAUAGCCCUGGCUAAAGACCGAUACGAAUGGCUAGUCAACCGUGUAGUGAAGAACCACAACGAGACCUGGCUUAACACCAGUCUACGCAUGCACAGCUCUUCAGAGUUCAAGGAAUACGUCUUUCUAGAGGGUACAGCGAAAUGCAAGAAGCUCUUCCAGCAGCAUGUGUACCGUCUAAAACAGGAGCACAUUGAGAGACGUCGGAAAAUCUAUCUGAGCACUCUUCCUCUAGCACUUAGAUCCCUGGUGCCUGACCUGGAUGAGAUCGACCAGCUGAGCUGGUCUGGGGUUCAGAAGGUCCUGGAGUCCAAGCAGCACUUUGCCCACUGGUUUGUGGUUUUGGAGGACUCUCCAUGGGAGGACACGUCUCACAUAGACAACAUGGAGGAUGAGCGCAUCCCCUCAGACCUGCUGGAGACGGCCCCAGCCGAGAACAUUUUCAACACCCACCUGGACCACCUGAGGAACGAGUGCAAGCGGGCAGAGAUGAGGCAGGAGUUCAUGCACAAGCUGGCCUGUUCUCCCUUUGUCACGCCAGGCAAGCCCUGGGAAGAGGCCCGCAGCUUCAUCAUGAAUGAAGACUUCUACCAAUGGUUGGAGGAAUCAGAGUACCUGGACCUCUACAACCGCCACCAGAAAGAGAUAAUAGACCACGCUAAAGAGGACUUCCAGGAGCUGCUGCUGGAGUACUCUGAGCUCUUCUAUGAGCUGGAGGUGGAUGCUAAGCCCAGCAAGGAGAAGAUGGGGGCCAUCCAGGAGGUUUUAGGGGAGGAGCAGAGGUUUAAGGCCCUGCAGAAGCUUCCAGCUGAGAGAGAUGCUCUGGUGUUGAAGCAUAUCCACUUUGUCUACCACCCCACCAAGGAGACCUGCCCCAGCAGCCCACAGUGUGGAGAUUUCAAGAUGGAGCAGCUCCUCGCCUCACGCUUCCCAACAUGCUACCCAUUCUUCAAUGUGAAGUCCCAUUUUGGGGAUAUUAAAGCUGACCGAAUCAACCUUGUGAUAUUGGGCAAAGACGGACUGGCCAGGGAGUUUGCCAAUGAGAUCAGGGCUCUCUGUACCAAUGACGACCGGUAUGUGCUGGAUGGGAAAAUGUAUGAGCUGACCCUGCGACCUAUCGAGGGAAACGUACGACUUCCUGUAAACUCCUUUCACACUCCCACCUUCACACCCCAUGGAUGCCUGUGUCUGUACAACUCAAAAGAGUCCCUAACUUACGUCGUAGAAAGCAUUGAAAGGUUGCGGGAGUCAACCAUCGGUAGAAGGGACGGCCAUAUAGCUCAGCUUUUAACGUCUCUGCUCUUGGUUACUAAAAGAGGUGUAGGGACGUAUGCAGAUAUUGGGGGAGAAACUGCUUUAGGCCUGAUAACACAGGGACAGCAGGUAGCAAGGAGACUGCAGUGUAGCUUCCUAGACCCAGCCUCUCCUGGUGUGGGCUAUGGGCACAAUGUGAAUGACAGUCAGAUCAAUCAAGUAUUGAGGGGUCUCCUGGACUCUAGGAGGAGCUCAUCUUUCAGUAGCAGCUCCCCACCUCUGCCUCCUAAACCUCCAGGCCCUCCUCACCAGCCCAGCCAAGAGGCAGACAUCCGCAUCGUCAUGUGCUUGAUGUGUGGAGACAACUACGACGUGGAACAGCUCCUCUCUCCCUUCCUACUGCCUCAGCACUGCAGGCCAACAUCCAAUAGUGGGACCUCAGUGAUACUGGAGCAGACGGUGGGGCCUCACAAACAGGUGAUUGAACUCUCCCUGCUUUCCUACCAUGCUUCCUUCUCCCUGAGGAAGAGCAGUUUAGUGCAUGGCUACAUUGUUGUGUACUCAGCCCGCCGCAAGGCCUCCUUGGAGACCCUAUGUGCCUUCCUGUGUGAGAUCCAGGACAUCAUCCCUGUUCAGCUGCUGGCAGUAGGGGAGAGCCAGGUGGAGCUCACAGAGAGUGAGUCUGCCAGAGAGCAGCUGGUCCAGGGAGAGGAGCUGGCCCAAGAGAUAGAGGGCAGGUUCAACAUUGUGGUGUGUGGGUCCGGAGGGGUGGUGGGCGGCCUGCACAGGAUAGAGAUGUUCCAGCCCUUCUUGAUGGAGGUGGUGGAGAAACGCAACAUUGUGGAGGCAACACACAUGUAUGAUAACGUGGCUGAGGCCUGCACUAUUGAGACUGCCUACUCCCCUCGCUGUAGCUCACCCAGCCCCGGCAACAUGUUCCUAGACUCUGAUGUGGAUGACGUGGAGCCCUCCCCACCCUACUUCGAUGGCACACUCACCUCCCAUGGUGGGGGCUUCAACCUGCCUGACCUGGACUCCAGCGAUGUCGCUGUCAUCUCUGAUAUCAGCUCUUUUGAGAACAAACUCAACAGCAAGGUCCCUCCCCAGGUGAGGCCCAAGCCCACUGUGACCUUUGACUUCCGGAAGGUGGGCCGAAACCCCUACAACACAGACACCAUGGGCCACCGUCGCUCCCUGCCCUCUGCUGUGACAUGGGUGCCAGGUGGGGACGGAGGAUACGACCCCUCAGACUAUGCAGAGCCCAUGGAUGCUGUGUCUAAGCCCCGGCCCAGCAACGAGGAGAUCAUCUACUCUGUGCCACACGACAGCACGCAGGGCAAGAUAAUCACCAUCCGCAACGCCAACAGGAUGCACUCUAACGGGAACGGCUCGGACAGUGAGGCAGAUAGCAGUUCCCUGGAGCGCCGCAGGAAGUUCUCGGCGGCGGGGGUGAAGCCCCGGCUGUACCGUGACCGCUCCAAACGCCUGGGUAAGUUCAGCAGCUUCCGCACUAGCUUCAUUGGCAGCGACGACGAGAUGGGGGCCCUGCCAAAGAUCAAGGAUGACGAGUUCGGAACCCUGAAAGGAGACAUCAUCAACGAGGAGGGAGAGGACCCCAAGAAGAGGAACAUUCUGAAGAGCCUACGGCGAACUGCCAAGGUACGUAUUUCUUCACUUAGUAUUCUCCUCUUAACUGCUAAUGGGUUAACACUAUUAUUUUCAAGUUUGAAUGACUAUUCUCUUUCAAGUUUAGGUAAAUGGAUGGCUAGCGUUGAUACGAUAAACGUGGUUAAGUAAUGACAACAUGGUUAAUAUGAUUUCCCAUGUAAACAUUUUUUUUUUUUUUUUUUUUUUACUCUUUACUUUCUAAAUAACUUUUUUGAUGCGUAAUUGCUUGAUUGUUUUAAUCAAAACUAUUCCUCCAUGCUAAUAUGCUAUUCAUAGAAAGUAAGCUAUGUGAAAUUCUAAAGUGUGUGGGUAGAAUUUAAGCCUGUAUUUCAGAGUGACUAAGACACUUGAUGCGGCAGCUGUUGAUGCUGAAUACAUGAAGGCAAAUUUAGUUUGCCAGUUUUCAGCUGAAUUGAACAUGGUGUUGACAUAAUGCAUUUUUUAAAUAAUAUAGACUUGGUCAUUAACAAUGUCAACAUUACUGUUUCUGUGCAGAAAACCAGACCAAAGCCUCGGCCCUCUAUUCCCAAGCCCCUGGAGAGCAACUACUUUGGGGUGCCCCUGGUCAACGUGGUGUCCCCAGACAGACCUAUCCCACUUUUUAUCGACAAGUGUGUCCACUUCAUUGAGACCACAGGUAGGUCACCAUUUUCUGUCUCCUCUUCUCCCCUGUGUUUGUUUAUAUGUGUGUGUGUGUGUGUGUAUUUGCCUGGUUCAUUAUGCUAUUUGACCUGGAUGCUGUGCAAAACGUAGGCAUAAUCUUAUCAUUGAUCAUUCUGAGGUAAAUCUGUGUUGCACUGUGAAUGUUUUACUUACAAUAAUCCCUUUUAUGAGGUUGUUUAAUUUCAAUAUGCUUACUGUAAGCCGUUCUGGAUGAAGGCAUCUGCUAAAUGACAAAAAUGUAAUGUGAAUGCAACUCUAUUUACAUUUAAUAAGCCAAGAAGAACUAACUACACUAGAGCAAUUGUAGCCAGUGAUCAAGUGCUGUACUUCAGCAGUGCCCUCAUUGACUUUACUGGAAAUGGAUAAUGACGUAAUGCGGAUGGUGGAGUCGAUCUAAUGAAGCAUUCUUCCUGGUUUCAAUCUCCGUCUCUCUGCAGGUCUCAACACAGAGGGGCUGUACAGGGUGAGCGGGAACAAGUGUGAGAUGGAGAGCAUGCAGAGGCAGUUUGACCAGGGUGAGUUACUGUACCUAGUGCUGUAUGCUCUAAAACAAUGUAUCAGACUCAUGGAUGGAUCAACUGUAAUACUCACCACACUGUCUGUCCCUAAGCCCUGGACUAACCCUUGUUAGUUAUGUGGCUAAUCAAUAUAUUGACACAUGAGCUGUAGAGGAAAUUAUGGCCUACAACAAAAUAUAUUUAGAACAGUGACAAAGCCGACUACCUCUGACACACUAUUCCUAUCCUUCUCUCUGCCCCUUUCUCUCCUUCUCCUACCGGUUUUUCUCCCCUUUUCUCUCCUUCUAACCUUCACCUCCCUCUACCACAGACCAUGGGCUGGACCUAGUGGAGAAGGACUUUGCCAUCAACACGGUGGCUGGGGCUCUGAAGGCCUUCUUCUCUGAGCUGCCGGAGCCCUUGGUGCCCUGCAUCCUGCAGGUGGAGUUGCUCGAGGCCUUCAGUAAGACAUGGAGUUGGCUAUGUUUAGGGAAGGGCACCGGGCUUCUGGAGGGUUCAGUAAGACAUGGAGCUGGCUGGGGUUAGGGAGGAGUCCUGGGGUUCUGGAGGGUUCAGUAAGAUAUGGAGCUGGCUGGGGUUAGGGAUGGGUACUGGGGUUCUGGAGGGUUCAGUAAGAUAUGGAGCUGGCUGGGGUUAGGGAGGAGUCCUGGGGUUCUGAAGGGUUCAGUAAGACAUGGAGCUGGCUGGGGUUAGGGAGGAGUCCUGGGGUUCUGGAGGGUUCAGUAAGAUCUAGCUGGCUGGGGUUAGGGAUGGGUACUGGGGUUUUGGAGGGUUCAGUAAGAUAUGGAGCUGGCUGGGGUUAGGGAGGGGUACUGGAGGGUUCAGUAAGACAUGGAGCUAGCUGGCUAGGGUGGUGAUGAGUGGUUGUUCAGUGAGUGACGCUUGUGAUUUAGACAGUAUCAGGUUCUCGUAGAGGGGUGGAAUAAGGAUAUGUCUGUUUUGUUCUCAGAAAACAUGUACAUCAUAUAUUGUAACUGUAUGUGUGUAUAUGUAUACUGUAUGUAUGUAGUGCUGCAUAUGGAGUAACAUUGUUGAAAACAUAUGAGUCAUAGCACUGACUCCCUCCCUCCCUCCCUGUGUGUGUGCACAGAAAUCAACGACAGGGAACAAAAGCUGUACACCAUGAAGGAUGUGCUGAGGAAGUUCCCCAGGGAGAACUAUGACGUUUUCAGAUUUGUCAUGAGCCACUUACACAAGUGAGUGCAGAUCAGACUGGCCAACUGUUUCAUUCUAUGACCUUGGCCCUGACUGCAUUGUGACUGAAACCAUUUGCAUGUUUUGUAACAUGUAUCAUUAAUGAGCUCUUAUACCUGUGUAAUAAUGUUAUUACACUAGUAGCUGUUGUCAUAUUGUUGUUGAUGGGAGUGUAUUGUGUUGUCUCUCUCAGGGUAAGCCAGCUGAGCAGACAGAACCUGAUGACCAGUGAGAAUCUGUCCAUCUGUUUCUGGCCCACUCUGAUGCGGCCAGACUUCACCACCAUGGAUGCCCUGACAGCCACACGGACCUACCAGACAAUCAUUGAGACUUUCAUCCACCAGUGUGCUUUCUUCUUCUACAACCAGCCCCUCCUGGACACCCCCACUGGCCUGGCUGGCCUCCCUGCCUCCCCCACCACCACCCUCACUGGGGGCUCUGCCUAUUCCUGCUACCGCUCCUCCCCUCCCCCCACCGCCACACAAUUCAGCCCCCUGCAGCAGUCGCCCCCCACGACCCCCCAGUCGCCCCUGCAGUCCCUCCUGCCCCCCCUCCACCAACACCCCCACUGCGCCUCCACCGAGCAAGAGACACUGAGAAGGGAGCACAUGCUGCACCCCUGA